AGAAGAGCAGAGGACGCCAAGAAUUGAUCUGCAGAGUUUCUGGCCAUCACUGUUCCUGAGUCUGCUGUAAUGGAGACAGGUAAAGUGGAAGUAGAACAUAUCCAGGGUAGGACUGCGUACUUCAAGCAUCAUUUGAUGGAUUAUUCUUAGAUACUUCCAACAGGACAUUUUGUUCAGAUCGCCUCACGGACCCCGUUUUGUUGAUGUGGAAGAGACAGAUCAGAGGGCCAUGGAUGUGAAAGAUAGGAAGCCGUACCGUUCUUUGACCAAACGCAGCGAGGCUGAGCGCCGUUAUACCAGCUCCUCGGCAGAGAGCGAGGACAGCAAAAUCCCACAGAAGUCAUACAGUUCCAGUGAAACUCUAAAAGCGUAUGAUCAGGAUUCCAGGAUGAUCUAUGGCAACCGGGUUAAGGAAAUGGUGCCGCAAGAAGCAGACGAGUACUGUCGGACAGGAACCAACUUUUCUUUACAAGAACUAGGCUUGGAAGAUGUCUCACCACCACACGGGACUUUAUACCGGACUGACUUAGGGCUACCCCACGGCAGCUAUUCCAUUAGUGCCGGCUCCGAUGCUGACACCGAAACAGACACAGUCAUGUCACCGGAACAUCCGGUACGAUUGUGGGGACGCAGCACCAAGUCUGGGCGUAGCUCCUGUUUAUCAAGCCGAGCCAACUCCAACCUUACCUUGACGGAUACAGAACACGAUAACACAGAAACAGAUCAUCCAAAUCUUUCCAAUCCCUCAAGACUCCGGACCCCCCCACCUCCACUUUCACAUGCCCACACGCCAAAUCAGCAUCACACAGCUUCCAUCAACUCCCUAAAUCGAGGGAACUUCACUCCACGCAGCAACCCCAGCCCUGCUCCGACAGACCACUCACUCUCUGGAGAGCAGGGAGGGACUCAAGAAUCUACGCACGCUCAGGACAACUGGUUACUCAACAGUAAUAUCCCCCUUGAGACAAGAAACAUAGCAAAGCAGACAUUCCUAGAGACAUUGCAGGACAACCUCAUUGAGAUGGACAUUCUCACCUCCUCCCGACAUGACGGUGCUUACAGUGAUGGGCACUUCCUGUUCAAACCUGGAGGAACGUCCCCACUCUAUCAUACAACAUCGCCGGGCUAUCCCUUGACAUCUAGCACGGUGUACUCACCACCCCCUCGGCCCCUUCCCAGAAGCACAUUUUCUAGGCCCGCCUUUAGCCUGAAGAAGCCAUACAAGUAUUGUACCUGGAAAUGUGCAGCCUUUAGUGCUAUUCUCAUCUCCAUCACGCUGGUGGUGCUGCUGGCAUAUUUUAUAGCCAUGCACCUGUUUGGCCUAAACUGGCACCUGCAGCCGAUGGAAGGGCAGAUGUAUGAGAUCACGGAAGAUACAGCCGGCAGUUGGCCAAUGCCAACAGACGUCUCCUUGUAUUCCUCAGGGGGCACAGGGUUAGAGUUACCUGAGAGGAAAGGCAAAGGAGCCGGCGAAGGAAAGCCCAGUACUUUUUUUCCCGAAGACAGUUUUAUAGACACCGGCGAGAUUGAUGUUGGGAGACGAGUCACACAGAAGAUCCCUCCCAGUGUAUUUUGGAGAUCUCAGGUGUUCAUUGACCACCCUGUGCAUUUGAAGUUCAAUGUUUCCUUGGGAAAAUCAGCUCUAGUUGGGAUCUAUGGCAGGAAAGGACUCCCUCCUUCACACACUCAGUUUGACUUUGUCGAGCUGCUGGACGGACGGAGGUUGCUGACUCAGGAAGCCAGGAGUCUGGAAGGACCACAGCGGCAACAGAAGGGUUUUGUGCCAUUGGCCAGCCAUGAGACAGGAUUUAUUCAGUAUUUGGAUUCUGGAAUGUGGCACCUCGCCUUUUAUAACGAUGGGAAAGAAUCUGAGGUGGUCUCCUUUCUCACCACCACCGUUGAAUCAGUGGAGAAUUGUCCCAGCAACUGCUACGGAAAUGGGGAUUGCAUUUCUGGAACCUGCCAUUGUUUCCUCGGGUUCUUGGGCCCUGAUUGUGGUCGAGCGUCCUGCCCAGUGUUGUGCAGUGGGAAUGGACAGUACAUGAAAGGACGAUGUUUGUGUCACAGUGGAUGGAAAGGAGCCGAAUGUGAUGUCCCAACCAACCAGUGCAUUGACGUCUCUUGCAACAGCCACGGGACGUGCAUCAUGGGAACCUGCAUUUGUAAUCCAGGCUACAAGGGAGAGAGCUGUGAAGAAGUGGACUGCAUGGAUCCUACCUGCUCAGGACAUGGAGUUUGUGUGAGAGGAGAGUGCCACUGCUCGGUUGGCUGGGGAGGGGCCAACUGUGAGACCCCGAGAGCAACUUGUCUGGACCAGUGUUCAGGCCAUGGAACCUUUCUGUCCGAAACCGGUCUCUGCACGUGUGAUCCCAACUGGACUGGGCAUGACUGCUCCAUUGAGAUCUGCGCGGCUGACUGUGGGGUCCACGGCGCCUGUGUCGGAGGCACCUGCCGCUGCGAAGAGGGCUGGAUGGGAGCAGCCUGUGAUCAGCGAGCGUGUCACCCACGCUGCAAUGAACACGGGACGUGCCGGGACGGCAAGUGUGAAUGCAGCCCUGGCUGGAAUGGAGAACAUUGUACCAUCGCUCACUAUCUGGAUAAGGUAGUGAAAGAGGGAUGUCCUGGCUUGUGCAACGGCAAUGGUAGGUGCACGCUGGAUAUGAAUGGGUGGCACUGCGUCUGCCAGCUGGGAUGGAGAGGGACAGGCUGUGACACUUCCAUGGAGACAGCAUGUGGAGAUGGAAAAGACAACGAUGGAGAUGGGUUAGUGGACUGCAUGGACCCUGACUGCUGCUUUCAAUCUCUGUGCCGGACCAACACGCUUUGCCUGGGCUCUCCAGAUCCGCUAGAUAUCAUACAGGAGACUCAAGCCCCUGUGCCCCAGCAGAAGCUGUACUCUUUCUAUGAUCGGAUCAGGUUUCUAGUGGGCAGGGACAGCACUCAUGUCAUUCCUGGAGAGAACCCCUUCAGUGAAGGGCACCCUUGUGUGAUUCGUGGGCAGGUGAUGACAUCAGAUGGAACCCCUCUGGUUGGCGUAAACAUCAGCUUUGUCAAUAACCCCCUUUUUGGCUAUACCAUCAGCAGACAAGAUGGCAGUUUUGACCUGGUCACUAAUGGUGGAAUAGCCAUCGUUCUGCAUUUCGAACGGGCGCCCUUCAUCACUCAAGACCACACCCUCUGGUUGCCCUGGAAUCAUUUCUUCGUCAUGGAGACCAUCGUGAUGCGCCACGAGGAAAACGACAUCCCCAGCUGCGAUCUGAGCAAUUUUGCCCGGCCCAACCCUGUGGUUUCACCCACCCCGCUCACCGCAUUUGCCAGCUCCUGUUCCGAGCGAGGCCCCAUCGUGCCAGAAAUACAGGCCUUACAAGAAGAGAUUAAAAUUUCAGGGAGUAAAAUCAAGUUAAGCUAUCUGAGCAGCCGUACCUCUGGCUACAAAUCCGUCCUGAGGAUCAGCUUGACCCAUCCCACCAUACCGUUCAACCUUAUGAAAGUCCACCUCAUGGUUGCGGUUGAAGGACGCCUUUUCAGAAAGUGGUUUGCUGCAGCUCCAGAUCUCUCAUAUUACUUCAUAUGGGACAAGACAGAUGUCUACAAUCAGAAGGUGUACGGGCUAUCAGAAGUCUUUGUUUCAGUGGGCUAUGAGUACGAAUCGUGUCCUGACUUGAUCCUGUGGGAGAAACGGACUGCGGUGCUUCAAGGCUACGAAAUGGAUGCUUCCAAACUUGGAGGGUGGUCUCUGGACAAACACCAUGCCCUUAACAUCCAAAGUGGUAUCUUACAUAAAGGAAAUGGGGAAAACCAGUUCAUCUCUCAGCAGCCCCCGGUCAUAGGGAGCAUCAUGGGGAACGGACGUAGGAGGAGCAUCUCCUGCCCAAGUUGCAACGGCCUCGCUGAUGGGAACAAGCUCCUGGCGCCCGUUGCCCUGACCUGUGGCUCCGAUGGAAGCCUUUAUGUUGGGGACUUCAACUACAUACGAAGAAUCUUCCCUUCUGGGAAUGUCACCAACAUCUUGGAGUUAAGAAAUAAAGAUUUCAGACAUAGUCACAGCCCAGCUCAUAAAUAUUACCUGUCUGCGGACCCCACCUCUGGAUCCAUCUACCUCUCUGACACCAGCAGCCGCCGCGUCUUCAAAAUCAAGUCAACUAUGGUAAUCAAGGACAUAGUGAAGAACUCUGAAGUGGUGGCCGGGACAGGAGACCAGUGCCUUCCAUUUGACGACACCCACUGCGGAGAUGGGGGCAAAGCAACCGAAGCCACGCUCACAAGCCCCAGGGGUAUCACCGUGGACAAAUUUGGAUUUAUUUAUUUUGUGGAUGGUACUAUGAUCCGACGCGUUGACCAAAAUGGAAUCAUCUCAACGGUCCUUGGUUCCAACGACCUGACAUCUACUAGGCCUCUGAGCUGUGAUUCAGUCAUGGAUAUCUCUCAGGUUCAUUUGGAGUGGCCAACAGACUUAGCUGUCAACCCAAUGGACAAUUCCCUGUAUGUUCUGGACAAUAACGUUGUACUGCAGAUCUCCGAAAACCACCAGGUGCGCAUAGUGGCGGGUCGGCCAAUGCACUGCCAAGUCCCAGGCAUUGAUCACUUCCUUCUGAGUAAGGUAGCUAUUCAUGCUACUUUGGAAUCCGCCACAGCUGUGGCUGUCUCUCACAGUGGCGUCCUGUACAUCGCUGAGACCGAUGAGAAGAAGAUCAAUCGUAUCCGACAAGUCACCACUAAUGGAGAAAUUUCACUGGUGGCAGGGGCACCAAGUGGCUGCGAUUGUAAGAAUGAUGCCAACUGUGAUUGCUUCUCCGGGGAUGAUGGAUAUGCAAAGGAUGCCAAGCUCAAUGCCCCUGCAUCCCUUGCGGUAUGUGCAGAUGGUGAGUUGUACGUGGCUGAUCUUGGGAACAUCCGAAUCCGCUUCAUUCGGAGAAACAAGCCAUUCCUUAACACGCAGAAUCUGUAUGAGUUAUCGUCACCCAUCGAUCAGGAACUCUACUUGUUUGACACCAGUGGCAAACACGUUUUCACACAGAGCCUUCCUACUGGAGAUUAUCUGUACAAUUUUACCUACACAGGAGAUGGAGACAUCACCCUCAUUACUGACAACAAUGGAAACUUAGUCAACAUCCGAAGGGAUUCCACUGGGAUGCCACUGUGGCUGGUGGUGCCAGAUGGCCAGGUCUACUGGCUCACGAUUGGCACCAACAGCGCCCUCAAGAGUGUGACAGCACAGGGCCAAGAGGUAGCUAUGAUGACUUAUCAUGGCAAUUCUGGCCUCCUUGCUACCAGGAGCAAUGAAAAUGGGUGGACAACAUUUUAUGAGUAUGACAGCUUUGGACACCUCACCAACAUCACUUUCCCAACUGGUCAGGUCACCACCUUCCGGAGCGAUACAGACAGCUCUGUACAUGUCCAGAUUGAGACCUCCAGCAAGGAUGAUGUGACCAUCACAACCAACCUCUCAGCAUCAGGUGCCUACUAUACGCUCCUGCAAGAUCAAGUGCGCAACAGUUAUUACAUUGGGGCAGAUGGUUCUCUCCGCCUGAUGCUUGCUAAUGGCAUGGAGGUGGCUCUGCAGACUGAGCCUCAUCUCCUGGCUGGCACCGUUAACCCAACAGUGGGGAAGAGGAACGUCACCCUCCCCAUUGACAACGGUCUCAACCUGGUCGAGUGGAGGCAACGGAAAGAGCAGUCAAGGGGCCAGAUCACCGUGUUUGGACGCAGGCUGAGGGUUCAUAACAGAAACUUGUUGUCCCUUGACUUUGACCGUGUGACGCGGACCGAGAAGAUUUACGACGACCAUCGCAAAUUCACUCUGCGCAUUCUCUAUGACCAGGCGGGGCGGCCUACACUUUGGUCUCCCAGCAGUCGGCUGAACGGGGUGAACGUCACAUAUUCCUCAGGAGGGCAUAUCGCGGGGAUCCAAAGGGGAACCAUGUCCGAAAGAAUGGAAUAUGACCAGUCAGGCAGAAUUACAUCCAGAAUGUUUGCUGAUGGCAAAUCCUGGAGCUACACGUAUUUAGAGAAGUCCAUGGUCCUGCUUCUUCACAGUCAGCGGCAGUACAUUUUUGAAUUUGAUAAAAACGAUCGCUUGUCGUCGGUAACGAUGCCCAACGUAGCGCGUCAGACCUUGGAAACGCUUCGCUCGAUUGGAUAUUACAGGAAUAUCUACAGGGCUCCAGAGGGCAAUGCCUCAGUGGUGGAAGACUUCAGUGAGAAAUGGGAACUCCUUCACACAUAUUACUUGGGAACCGGGAGACGAGUCAUCUAUAAAUAUGGCAAACUGUCUAAACUGGCUGAGAUGCUUUAUGACACAACCAAAAUCAGCUUCACCUACGACGAAACAGCAGGCAUGUUGAAGACAAUAAACCUACAAAACGAAGGGUUCACCUGUACUAUUAGGUAUCGCCAGAUCGGACCGCUCAUCGACCGCCAGAUUUUUCGGUUUACAGAAGAAGGCAUGGUGAACGCCCGUUUUGAUUACAACUAUGACAACAGUUUCCGGGUGACGAGCAUGCAAGCAGUGAUCAACGAAACACCAUUGCCCAUCGAUCUGUACCGUUACGAUGACGUGUCGGGCAAAACAGAGCAAUUUGGUAAAUUUGGAGUUAUCUAUUAUGACAUCAAUCAGAUCAUCACCACGGCGGUCAUGACUCACACUAAACAUUUUGAUGCCUACGGUAGGAUGAAAGAAGUUCAGUAUGAAAUAUUCAGGUCCCUCAUGUAUUGGAUGACCGUACAGUAUGACAACAUGGGGAGAGUAGUGAAAAAGGAAUUGAAGGUUGGCCCUUAUGCAAAUACCACAAGGUAUUCAUACGAGUACGAUGCCGAUGGCCAGCUGCAGACUGUAUCAAUCAAUGAGAAACCACUCUGGAGAUACAGUUAUGACCUCAAUGGGAAUCUCCAUUUGUUGAGUCCGGGCAACAGUGCCCGUCUUACACCACUGAGGUACGAUCUCAGGGACAGGAUUACAAGACUGGGAGAUGUGCAGUAUAAGAUGGAUGAAGAUGGUUUCUUGAGGCAAAGGGGGAAUGACAUUUUUGAGUACAAUUCCGCAGGACUUCUCAUCAAGGCCUACAGCAAAGCCAGCAAGUGGAGCGUGAAGUAUCGUUACGAUGGGCUUGGAAGGAGAGUCUCCAGCAAAACCACACAUGGUCAUCAUUUGCAGUUCUUUUAUGCGGACCUCACCAACCCCACCAAAGUCACCCAUCUGUACAAUCACUCCAGCUCUGAGAUAACAUCUCUCUAUUAUGACCUUCAGGGACAUCUCUUUGCCAUGGAAGUGAGCAGUGGAGAUGAAUUCUACAUUGCUUGCGAUAACAUUGGGACUCCUUUGGCUGUCUUCAGCGGAACAGGCCUAAUGAUCAAGCAGAUCUUGUACACAGCUUACGGAGAGAUCUACAUGGAUACCAACCCAAACUUUCAAAUUAUCAUCGGUUACCACGGGGGUCUGUAUGAUCCCCUCACCAAACUCAUACAUAUGGGGAAGAGAGACUAUGAUGUCCUAGCUGGCCGGUGGACCAGCCCAGAUCAUGGCAUUUGGAAACGUCUAAGCCACAGCAACAUCAUGCCUUUCAAUCUUUACAUGUUCAAAAACAACAAUCCUAUUAGUAACUCCCAGGAUAUAAAAUGCUACAUGACAGAUGUCAACAGCUGGCUGCUUACCUUUGGUUUUCAAUUGCACAAUGUUAUCCCUGGUUAUCCUAAACCCGACAUGAAUGCUAUGGAGCCAUCUUAUGAGCUCACCCACACCCAGCUGAAAACCCAGGAAUGGGACAAUAGCAAGUCAAUCUUGGGGGUGCAGUGUGAAGUGCAGAAGCAGCUGAAGGCUUUUGUCACGUUGGAGAGCUUUGAACAGAUCUACAGUUCAAGCAUCGCUGGGUGCCAAGAAGUCAAGGAGAACCGUCACUUCGCCUCGGGAGAUUCCAUCAUUGGCAAAGGGGUCAAGUUUGCAAUGAAAGACGGAAGGGUCGCCACCGAUAUCAUCAGCACAGCGAAUGAGGACGGGCGGAGAAUAGCCGCCAUACUGAACAACGCUUACUACCUGGAGAACUUGCAUUUCACCAUCGACGGCAUGGACACCCACUACUUUGUCAAACAAGGGCCGUCGGACAGCGAUUUGUCAGUCCUGGGCCUCAGUGGUGGAAGGAGAACCUUGGAGAAUGGGAUCAACGUCACCGUCUCCCAAAUCAAUACAGUGCUCAAUGGGAGGACUAGACGUUACACUGACAUCUGGCUCCAGUUCGGAGCACUGUGCCUGAACACCCGAUACGGGACCACCUUGGACGAAGAGAAGACCCGCGUGCUGGAGCUGGCCCGGCAACGGGCUGUGGCCCACGCCUGGGCCCGGGAGCAACAGAGACUGCGGGACGGGGAGGAGGGUAGCCGGUCCUGGACAGAAGGGGAGAAGCAGCAACUGCUGAACGCAGGACUGGUUCAGGGGUACGAUGGCUACUUCGUGAUCUCAGUGGAACAGUACCCAGAACUGUCGGACAAUGCGAACAACAUCCACUUCAUGAGACAGAGUGAGAUGGGCAGAAGGUGACAGAGAGGGGUGAUGCGUUGACUUCUUGCCAAAGACAGCUGCUCCUGGGUGGCCGCAUACCAGACUGUGU